UGUGGAAGAAACAAAAUAAAAUUGGAGUUUAUUGCAAUGACCAAGAAUCGUCUCCCGUAUCCCUAAUUUUCGCCUUUGAAUUCUCCCAAAGGAAGAUAAAGGAAGAAAUUGGCAGUAAUUCGGAGCAGAGUCAUCAUCGUGAGUUCAUUUUUCUCUGCAGAGAAAUCUUGUAGUUCCAUUUUUUGAGGUUGAUCCCUGGAGUUUUCCUAGGCGGUGGAUUUGUUAUUGGAUUCAGGAAAAUUCAUUUUAUGGCAUUUGAAUGCCAAGGAAAUACAGAAAUAGAAUCAAAAGACAUUUCAAGAAAUCAUUUGGGUAAUCUUCAAUCGAAGAAACUCGAAAAGCGCAUUCUGUCUAACAAGAAACAGGUUGAAUCAAGAGAGGCUGAAAUUCCAGAAGGCGUGUUUGUAUUUAAUGCUAAACAUGGGAUGUGUUCGUUUGAGCAACAGGAGGACAGCCGUUCAUUUCUUGACCUUCCUCCUGCAUUGAUAUCGGAAAUCCUUAAUUUCCUUGACCCUAGAGAACUUGGGACCGUAUCUUGUGUGAAUAAGUCUUUGUAUAGUCUUGCCACUGAACAUCAGGUGUGGAAGGAGUUUUACCAUGAAAGGUGGGGUCAUCCAGUAGCUUCAAUCAAUUUAGGACCUGGGUGUUCAAAUGAGAAGUCAUGGAAGGAACUUUUUGUGGAGAGAGAGUCCCGGAGCAAGAGUUUUAAGGGGCAUUACAGCAUCGACACACUACAUGGCCAUACUGAAGCUGUUAGGACAGUUUUUGUGUUGGAUUCCAAGAAGCUCGUGUUCACAUCAGGGUAUGAUCAGGUAGUGAAGAUGUGGGACAUGGAGGAAGGCAUGUCAAUAGCAUCAUCACGACCUCUGGGCUGUACUAUUCGUGCAAUCGCAGCUGAUUCAAGGCAUUUAGUUGCUGGUGGUACGGAUGGAUUCAUACAUGGUUGGAAAGUUGAGGAUGGAAACCCUCACUUGUUCGACCUCAGAGCACAGCAUAAUGUUAACAACAUGGAAUUCCGAGUUUGGGAGCACAAUGGUCCAAUAACUUGUCUUGCACUGGAUUUUAGUAAGAUGUACAGUGGUUCUUGGGACAUGACGAUACGUGUUUGGGAUCGAUCUUCUUUGAAAUGUUUGAAUGUCUUGGUGCACAAUGACUGGGUUUGGAGCCUUGUUCCUCAUGACACUACAAUUGGUAGCACUGCAGGUUCCGGUGUCUACAUUUGGGAUACUAAUAGUGGUAGUCGUCUAGGAAUCAUUAAUGGCCCCCAUGUUGGUAAUGCCUAUGCUUUGGCACGAAGUCACACAGGAAAGCUUUUGUUUACAGGAGGAGAAGAUGGUUCUAUACACAUGUUUGAGAUGUUAAGAAAUUCCAAGUGCAAUAUCAGGAAGAUUGCUACUUGGAUUCCUCACAGUGGACCUGUAUAUUCUCUUGCAUUUGAGUUCCCUUGGCUGGUUUCAGCCUCCAGUGAUGGGAAGAUUUCACUUAUUGAUGUUAGAGAGCUGCUGAAGAGAAAACGUACUACUGACAUUACUUCUAAGGCUUACACUUUUGACCAGAAGAAUGUAGAACCUCCACAGAGAAUGCUGCAUGGGUUUGGAAGCAAUUUGUUCUCAGUUGGGAUUGGUUCUGACCGAAUUGUUUGUGGAGGUGAAGAAGGGGUUGUUAGGAUCUGGAACUUCUCACGAGCAUUGGAGAUUGAGCAACGUGAUAGAGCUUUGAGAGGUAUGAAGCUUGAGAAACGGAUGAGACGACGGAGGCUCCAGCUAGAAAUGAGUACUAAAGGUGGUCAAGAUGAGCAAUGUUCAGUUGCAGCCAAGAAGAAUCAGAUGAACACUGAUAAGAGUGGUUGGCACGGCAGGCGUAGAGUAAGUGGGAAGCUAAAAGCAUAGACAUGGAUGGAUUAUAGCUUCCUGAUUGUUUUCAUACUUAUACAUUUUUAAUUGUUUAGUCUUAGGAUUGUUGUGGCCAUUACCUGCCUUGCUUUGGAACUUUAUCUGUUUUAGAUUAUUAUUUAGAUAGUUUUCUGAUGGUUUAAUGUCUUUUUUCUAUUUUUUCAAAAAAAAUAAAAAGGAAAAAAAGGAGAAACUUUUGACAUCUUUUGUUAUGUUGCAUAACUCUCUCAACUACAUCACUGCUUUCAUUGUUGACAGUAUCUGUUGGUUGACGAUCGUCUGAAUUGCAUUAACCAUUUGAAUGCAGUUUUGAUUCUGAACAUCCCUUGGUUAAAAAUAAAUGAUAAU